UCGCCAUGUCUACGAAAAUAGCUGAGAAAUAUGCGAAAUUCAAGCGUUAUGUGCUGUGGCUCUAUAGACUCUAUGAGCUCAACACACAGAUUGCAAUCUGCGAGCCCUGGGAGAAAGUCUUUUGCCACAUACUUCUCGGCAGCUGUAUCUCCCUUAUUCUGUAUGCCUCAUAUGCGUAUGUGCCCGGCUAUUGUCUAAGGCUAGUUGGCUUUCUAAUUCCGCCGGUUGCUAUAAAUAUAAGCGAUACUUAUAAUCAUAUCAAAUGUUCGGCAGCAGACGGAAUGUGCAGUAGCAGUGAAUCUUACCUUACGUAACAAUAUUAAGUAAUUAUAAUUAAUAAAACAUAAUAACCUAUGGUAACAAUUAAAUUUACAACCUAUUUUUACAACCAUUUACAUUGUACACAAUACACCAGAACUCUUACUGCUGUUUCGAUUAAAAAAAAAAAACAAA